AUGAAGCACGUCAGUGUUGCCAUCAUAGGCGCCGGUCCAACGGGCAUUUCCAUGCUCAAGCAGCUUCUCCAAGAUGGUUUCAGCGCGACGUUGUUCGAGAGACGGAGCUCUGUCGGAGGCUUGUGGGCAUAUGAUACAAGCAAUGGGUGGACGACUGCAUUGGCAUCGACGAGUGCAAAUAUCAGCAAGUAUACUUGUGGAUUUACCGACUUUCCAAUACCAGACAAGUAUCCUGUUUAUCUAAGUGCAGCGAACUUCCAAGAGUUCAUGCAGAGUUACGCUGAGCAUUUCAAGCUCACAGAGCACAUAUUAUUUAAUACUAGUGUUCAGGUUGUCAACCGAAACAAUGAUGAUAGCGGGUGGGUACUUCAGCUUGAGAAAGUCGGGACAGGCGAAAAAGAGUCUCGCUCAUUUGACAAGGUCGUUUUCUGUCAUGGUUAUCAGACUAAAAGAGUGAUGCCGACAUUUCCGGGGCAGGACAAAUUUGAAGGAGAGAUUAUACACUCGCAGCAAUACCGAAGCCCAGAAGCUUUUCGGGACAAAACAGUGGUGAUCCUCGGUCUGUCUACGACAACAGGCGAGAUCACGCCGCAAGUAAUUAGCACAGCGAAGAAGGUUUACGUCUCACAUAGAAGCGGCCAAAUGAUGGUCAAGCGCAUGCGCAAAGGACGGCCGACAGACCUAUUGGUCUCGUGGAGACGCCGACAGAUUACUCAAUGGAUGGCAAAGAACAUACCUAAUUUCUACAGGUAUUUAGCGGGUUGGGGAGCCAGACUUCUCUCGUCUCAGUUCUCUGACGUAAAACUUGACCCAGAAUGGCGGAUUCAGUCAUUCCGUAACCCGACGUUGCGAUUACCAGGUCUUAUUCAAGAUAUUGUUCCUCACUUGCAGGACGGCAGCUUGACGAGUUUGCAUGGAAUCAAACGCUUCUUGGGUGGACGAUCAAUCGAGUUUGAUGACGGGACUGUAGUGGAUAACGUGGACUGCGUUAUCUUGACUACAGGGUACUGUGCUGACUUUUCUGUCUCUCCUUUCAUCGAAAAGAGUCUGCCAAAGUUACCGACUUAUCAUGGACCUGCCAUUCAACGGCUAUACAUGAAUGUCUUUCCCCCAAAGUACGCAGACAGCUGCGCCGUGCUUUGCUACUCAGCAUAUGGCAAAAACAACGGUUUCUCAUUCAGCGACGUCAUGAACAUGGCUAUCUCGAACAUUUGGCGAGGCGUGAGCAAAUUACCGCCUUAUGAAGAGAUGGAGAAAUGGGUUGACGAGCAUCAAAAAUGGGUCGGAGCAAACUGGGCCCGAGAGCCGCAUCUCGACGUGAGCAUGGUCAAACAGUAUGAGUUCCAGCCCUGGAUGCACCAACAAGCUGGAACGGGUAUGGAGAAUUUGGGAUGGGGAUGGGUAGGGUGGAAGUUCUGGUGGAAGGAUAGACAGAUGUACAACCUCAUGAAUCACGGCGUAGAGACAGCUCAUAUGUUUCGGUAUUUCGAGACGGGAAAGAGAAAGACGUGGGAGGGGGCGAGAGAUGAGAUUAUCCGUCAGAAUAGGAUAGUCGAGGAGAGCUUUUCUGGGAAGAGUAAGAAGCUGAGGGAGGAAUAG